UAGUAUCCACCCAAAACCAAAAACAUCUGCGAGUGAAACACCAAAGAGAAAUGGCACUGUCUUCUCUCUCAAUCAAACUCCCACUCACACAACCUCCAUCAAAACCCACCCAUUCGAAUCCUACAUUACAAUUCAAACCUCCACCUCUCAGUUUCAACAUCUUCCAAUCCCACCCUAAAAUACUCACCAUCACGCACUCAAAAACAAAAGAGCGCCGGGGUUGUUUUGCAAUCAAGGCAGUUGAAAAGGAGAGCACGGAAUCCGAGGCAGUGGAGAAACCGGGAAUGGAAUCAGAACCAGAGUCUUCGGUGACUGGAGAGUUGGGAGCGGAGAUAAAGAAGGCGAUGAUGGAGAGGAAGAGCAAAGAGGAAGGGAAUUUUUGGAGUGGAGUAGCGGAGGAGAUUCAAGAGAUAGAGUGGCCUGCUUUUGGUAAGGUCUUGGGAACUACAGGUGUCGUCAUUGGAGUCAUUGUUGGGUCUAGUGUCGUUUUACUCACUGUUAACGCCGUUUUGGCCGAGUUGUCCGAUCGGGUUUUUGCUGGUAGAGGCCUUCAAGAUUUCUUUAGCUAAAAAACAAACAAAACAAGAUAGCAUUAGAAUAAGAAGCUGAGACUUGGACAAAUGGCAGAGAUCUUUGACCAUGGGUUUUGGUUUGCGUUGGAGGGAGAUCAGAUCACUUGAGUUAUCUAUCACCUGGCAAUUUUAGAGCUGUAGAUUUUUUCGUGGUUUGUUUUUUAUGUAAAAUAUAUAUAUUCAAUGGCUUUUGAUUUUCAUUUA